AUGGAUGAAAUCCAGGAAAAUAAACGGGAAUUAUAUAGACGAAAUGAACAAAUCAUUCGCAGAUAUGAAGAAAACGAAGCAAAAGUCAAAGAAGCAGCUGAAAAUAUUCGUCGAAAUUUUGAAUCUUCAAAGACCAGCAUCGGGCCAGCUAAUGAAUUGCUUCGAUUUUUUUAUAUUCUCGAGCAACAGAGUCUCAGCGAUACAAACGAUAUCCGAAGAAAAACAAGGGUUGAUUUGGAAGAGUAUAUUAAUCAAUUUCGUCAAGACGAAGAAGAGGAGGAGGAGGAGGAGGAAGAGGAAGAGGUGUGCAAUGAUGAUGACGAUCAACCAUCAGUUGAUGUUUCACAACCAGCACCAAUAACUUCAUCGAAUGUGCCAUUACCUACAGUAGUGUCUACAUCACCUCAACUACCAUUGACUAUUCCAAUAGUUCCUUCACAAGUAUCGACUGUCAUCUCUACAAAACAAGCAUCACCUAUGAAAAAAGCGUAUCUCUCGCCCGUCACUGCUUCCGAUUGUAUUAAACCAUCAACACUUGACGCAUACGAAGCAAUCUUAGUCGAAGUUAAACAAUAUGAAGCUCAAUAUGAGUCUAUACCAAAAGAACGUGAGAGGCAGUUAGCUCAGCCGGCUAGAGAUAUUCUAAAUAAACUUCGUGAAGAUACAUUUAAUAAAUUAGAAGAAGACUUAUUCAAGUAUCUAAACGGUCAGAAUUAUUCUGUAAGCAGCCAAAAUAUUUCUAUAAAAAAUGAUGCAGAGCGUUUCUUAUGUUACAAACGUCUUACCGAAUUGAUUCUUAGUCAAUUACUCGGCGGUGAUUUGAACGAUGUGAAAGCUCGAAUUCUGCUACCUUUAAUCGAUCACAUAAGUCGUCAUCCGCAACAUAAAGAAUUUCGAACUAUAUUUCUCGAUGGUUUACACAAGAAAUGUCCGUAUACGGUGCCAUUGUAUCCAAAACCACUAUCGACGACGAAUGAUGCAGAAUACUUGAAAGCAAUGGGUUAUACAGAAAAAAUGGAAAACGGGUCAGCACGUUUAGAAACUGAAACUGAAUUUCUAAGUCGAAUGAGCGGAUUGAUUCGAUUAUUUUGGAAAUUAGCUGCCAAGAAGAUUCCUCCUUUCGAUAAAGAUUUAUCAUUCGGGUGGCGAUGGCUUUCGGAUGUUUUAAAUCUUCCACCACGACCGAACCUUACGAUACUUCUCCUACGAGUGUUUCUUGAUGAAGCUGGUGAAUUGAUGAUGGAAGCGUAUUCGAAACAAUUUUUGAAAGUGGUUAAAACCAUUGAAGGCAAUCUUAAGACACUUGGAGCAAACUCUAAUCCUAAGCGUUUCGCCACUGUACGUGGUAAAAGAACAAACCCAGUUGCAAUCAUUGACUGUAAUCUAAAGCAAAAAGUUUGA